CCUGAUGGAGUAUGACAACAUUGGGUGGUCUCUAUUCCAGCGUGGUAUUAGCACAUCGAAAAUUUGGAGUGGGCAAGGGUGGUGCCUACCACCUUACUGCUCAAAUCUACCAGCAUAUGGCAGUUUCAACCGAACAGUGAGAAUGGAGGUGAGGAGAGAACCUGUAAGUAAUUUCAGCGGUGGAUUUGAGACACACAUGUGUGAAGAACACGUGUACGAUGAAGAGCCUCCUCCUUACCUUCAGUCUAACAGGCACCAAGCGUCCAUGUUCACUGUGAGAUCUGGGAGACGUAACAGAAUGGCUGCAGUGAGCCUGGUGCUUCUUGCUGUGGUUCUGCUGAUACUUGAUGUUGGUCUGGGAGUUCAUUACAGCGAACUCACAGAUACUCACCUCACGCUCGAUGAUACCAAACGCAUCAGCAAACAGUUGGCCGGCCUACAGGACACUUACAAGGCUGCAGUAGAAACCAUGAAGGAUGCCAGGAAGCAGCUGGACAGUGAGACGAGCCGUCAGACACAAACAAACUGGGCGCUUGAACAUCAGACAAAAAGAAGCAAUGACUACAAAAGUCAGAUUGAAACAAUCACAAAGGAAAUUGAAACCAUGAGGUCACACUUACGAGUGAUUAGCGAUGGCUGCAAACACUGUCCUGCAGGAUGGAUCUUCAUGAACUCUGUAUGUUACUACUUCUCCUUGAAAUCAGAUCAAAUGAAAACUUGGAAAGAAUCCAGAGAAUUCUGUCAGCUGCAAGGAGGAGAUCUUAUAAUCAUAAACAGCAAAGACGAAGAGAACUCAACAGUAAAUUACUUGAUGAAUCAUCACGAUGCCCGGCGUCAGACUCGUGACCUGUUCGAUGAGGACCUCUACGAUUUCUAUGGAGAAAUGCACAACAUCUAUUGGCAGUUACAUAACAGGCACUUUUAUGAAGAAGAAGAAGAAGAAGAGAUUGAGCCAGUCCCAGUGGGCUUCUGGAUUGGACUGAGAGGUUUCCAAGAGGAAGGAACUUGGAAAUGGUGGGAUGGAACAUUUCUUACUGAAGGAUACUGGAGCGAUGGAGAACCGAAUGAUACCAACAAUGAAAACUGUGCAGCAGUGUAUCCCAGAGAAAACUUCUUCAAGACCUGGAAUGAUGUUAGAUGUGAUGCCCAAAUGAAAUGGAUUUGUGAAAAAGCGCCAGUAUCCAUGAGCUAAAAUUUCUGCAGUGAGGCAUGCAAACUUACGUACAGUUUGUACAUGUUACUGUUUCACAGAUCUCUGUAAGCGUUUAAUAAAUUACUAA